CCGCCGCCGCCUCCGCCGCCUCCCGCCGGCGCUCCCGAGCCGGAGCCCGCGGCCCCGCUGCCCAAAUAGCCGCGCUGGGCGGUGCUGCCCGGCCCGGAGAGCGCUCGGCCAUGGAGCUCGCCAAGCCGGCCUUUCCCGCGCUGCCGCAGGCCAAGGAGGACUCGGAGGAUUGGACCUAUCCCAUGAGGAGAGAGAUGCAGGAAAUUUUACCUGGGCUAUUUUUAGGCCCAUAUUCUUCAGCUAUGAAAAGCAAGCUACCUAUACUUCAGAAACAUGGAAUAACCCAUGUAAUAUGCAUACGGCAAAACAUUGAGGCAAACUUUAUCAAACCAAACUUCCAACAGUUAUUUAGAUAUUUAGUCUUGGAUAUUGCAGAUAAUCCAGUGGAAAAUAUAAUACGAUUUUUCCCGAUGACUAAAGAAUUUAUUGAUGGAAGUUUACAAAGUGGAGGAAAAGUUCUUGUCCAUGGAAAUGCAGGGAUUUCUAGAAGUGCUGCCUUAGUUAUUGCAUACAUAAUGGAAACGUUUGGGGUGAAGUACAGGGAUGCAUUUACUUAUGUUCAAGAAAGAAGAUUCUGUAUUAAUCCUAAUGCUGGAUUUGUCCAUCAACUUCAGGAAUAUGAAGCCAUCUAUCUAGCAAAAUUAACCAUCCAGAUGAUGUCACCACUGCAGUUGGAGAGAUCUCUCUCGGUUCCACCUGGUACUACAGGAAGUUUAAAGCGAAUGCAUGAGGAGGAUGAAGAACUUGGGAACAUGCAAGUGGCAGCAGCACAGAACGGAUGACAUCCAAGGACACCAUUGUUAGUAUUGUCAAUUCCUACCAAGAAAGGUGAAGAAAACUCGGGAAAAAAGAACUAAUAAUGAAAAAUGAUGAACA